CAAUGGUUGAAUCGGAUUCUCUAACUAGUUUCUUUAUCCUACAAUCAUCCCUUAUUCUGAUCCCGAACGUGUGAUUUCGUGUUUGCCAUAAUGGACACCGAGAAUCUUUUUAACGUGAAGGGGAAAGUGGUGUUGGUCACUGGAGGAGCCAAGGGGAUCGGCCGCAUGAUCUCCCAAGGUUACGUGACAAACGGAGCCACAGUUUACAUCGCAUCUCGGGAUGCGAAGGCAUGCGAGAAAGCAGUGAGCGAGCUUAAUGCCCUUGGAAAGGGAAAAGCGUACUUCAUUCCAGCAAAUUUCUACAAUGAAGACGAUUGCAAGAAGUUGGCAGAGGAGCUUGGAAAGCGCGAGAGCAAACUCCAUGUCCUUGUCAACAACUCUGGGUCGACUUGGGGCGCUCCUUACGACGAUUACCCGUCUUCUGCCUGGACUAGAGUCCUUACACUCAACCUUCAGCGGGUGUUCACCAUCACUCAACUUCUCACCCCAUUAUUAGAGAAAGCGGCGUCUCCCGAAGACCCAGCCCGUAUUAUCAAUAUCGGAAGUAUCGAUGGCCUCCGCGUUCCGGCGCUUGAAACGUUUGCAUACAGCGCCAGCAAAGCCGGUCUGCACCAUCUGAGUCGAGUCCUAGCAUACCAUCUUGGAAGCAAAUAUAUAACGUCGAAUACGCUGGCUUGUGGGCCAUUCGAGAGCAAGAUGAUGGCCACUACUCUGGAACAAUAUAAAGAUGUCAUCGAAAAUGGCAUUCCGUUGGGUCGGAUUGGCUCUCCCCAGGACAUUGCAGGUGCUUGCUUGUUCCUAAGCAGCCGAGCUGGAUCGUAUGUGAACGGAGCGACAAUUCCGUUGGAUGGCGGAUGUGUUAUUGCUGCAAAAAUGUAAAUUUGGUCCAGAACAGAUGUAGAUCAGCCCAAUAGAUAGGUGUCCAGGAAUGCACACUAUGUUGACUGACACUGGCUGAUCGUAUGAGCUCUAAUCACCAUUCCAUUGAGUUCAUUCUGGACAAAUCCAAA